AUGCAAUCUGCCGGCAGGCUCCUCGCAGCGGCCGCGCCGCGAAGCCCGCGUUCUCUCCCCCUCCUGCGCAGCCUCUGCUCCGCCUCGCCCGCCGGACAGCCGGAUCCGCGGCCCCACACGGCCCCGGACCCCGACCCCGACCCGCGGCUCGUCGGCGCGCUCUGCCGUGUGCUCAGCGACUUCCGCGGGCCGCGGCACGACCUCCGCGCCGCGCUCGACGGAUUCGGGCCACGCCUCACGCCCGCGGCGGCGGCCGCCGUCCUGCGCCGCUGCCGCAACCUUCCCGUGCCCUCUCUCCGGUUCUUCCUCUUCGCCGCCGCGCUGCCGGGGUUCACCCAUCUUCCGGAGUCGCUCCUCAUCCUCGCCGGCUCGCUCGCGGGGGCGCGGCUCUUCUCGCUUCUGCGCUCCCUGCUCUCCGAUCUCCCGCGACCCGCGCUCUCGCGGGACCUGUUCCCGCUGCUGUUCCGCGCGUACGCCCGCGCCGGCCUCCCCGACGACGCCAUCCGAGCUUUCUCCUCCAUGGAGGGGUUCGGGUUCCUGCCGACGGUCGCUGAUCUGCACUCCCUGCUCUUCACGUUAUCGCAUAAUGGCCUGGCAGAGCACGCCGAGGCAUUCUUUAGGGAGUCGCCACUUCAGUUUGAUGUCUCGGCCAAAACCUAUACCAUCCUGAUCUCUGGGUGGGCUGUUGUUGCGAAGCCAGAGAAGGCUCAGAAACUGUUUGACGAAAUGAUUGAGAGAGGGGUCCAGCCUGAUGUGCCUACCUAUAACGCGUUGAUUGACGCCUUGUGUCGAGGAGGGGAUGUUGCGCUUGCACAGGAGCAGCUAAAAGAUAUGCAACGCAGCCGUGGGCUUGCCCCUGAUGCUGCUACUUAUGGCCCAUUCCUUCAUUCAGCAUGUGCGUCAAAGGAUGCUCGUGCUGCUCUUCGCGUGCUAGAUAGGAUGCGUGCACGCAGCCUUACACCAAAUGUAUUCACCUAUAAUGCUGUCACUCGGUUACUGUGCGAGUUGGGAGAGGUUGACGAGGCUUAUAGUAUCCUGAUGGCAACCCAUGGGGAGAAGCCUGAUGUUUGGAGCUACAACACUCUGCUUAAUACACAUUGUAAGCUGAAAGAGGUGAACAAAGCGUUACGGCUUAUUUCAAGGAUGGAUGAAGGUUUGUGUUUGCCUAAUCGGCACUCUUACAACAUGAUUCUGAAAAUGUUGAUUGCUAUAGGAAGGGUUGAUAGGGCAAUUGAGGUUUGGGAUGGGAUGGAAAAACGUGGUUUCCACCCAGGAGCAGAGAAGGGUAGAGCAGAGGAGGCCAGCAGUUACUUUUUGAGGAUGGUAGAUGAAGGUAUCCCUCCUUAUCAGGCUACUUGUCAGGUGCUGAGGGAUAGGUUGCUCAGGCUUGGCUUGCGAGAUGAUCUUGAGAUGCUCACCGAUAGGAUGCGCCGGAGCACGUCCUGCACAAUACAAGAUUUGGCAAGUAUCAUGAGCAGUAAGAGGGCAGAGGAAACUAGAAAUCUGAAAUGUGAUCAUGAAUUCUCUGGCCUUGAUCUUGCUGAGAGCCAGUGGAGGGAGAAAUGGAAAAUAGGAUACACCUCGUAG